AUGAAGGUGAAAAAGGAAAAAAAGUUUUUUGAAAUGAAAAGUGACUUAGAUAUAUUAAAUUUCGGUGGACAUGAUUAUUUGUUAAGUUCCAGUGCAAUACCACUUGAUGAUCACUUAUUUCAAUCACAAUUCAGUAUUUUGGAAACAGAAGAUGAUACAUCAUCGCCGAUAAUGUCAAAUUCAUCCAUGAUGAUGGACGAUGUAAAGGACAUACAGACUAGUGUCAAUAUCAAUGGAUCAUGCAAUGUCUGUGCAAUUUGUGGGGAUCGUGCAACUGGCAAGCAUUAUGGAGCAUCCAGCUGUGAUGGAUGUAAGGGAUUCUUCAGGCGAAGUGUUCGAAAGAAUCAUACAUAUUCGUGCAGAUUUCAGCGACAAUGUGUUGUAGAUAAAGAUAAGAGGAACCAGUGCCGAUAUUGUCGUUUACGCAAAUGCUUUAAAGCUGGCAUGAAAAAGGAAGCAGUUCAGAACGAACGUGACAGAAUCAGUUGUCGACGACCAAGCACGGAGGAUUCAAACAAUUCAAAUGGAUUGUCGGUUAAGUUUUUAUUAAAAGCUGAAAUGCUUAGUCGACAAGUUACAGCAGCGCUCGAUGAUGUUACGAAUGAUAAUGAAGAUUUGAGUAAUAAACAGCAUGCAAGCAUUCACGAUGUGUGUGAUUCAAUGAAACAGCAGCUCCUUAUACUUGUUGAGUGGGCAAAAUCGAUUCCAGCUUUUGCAGAAUUACAGCUUGAUGAUCAAGUCAGUCUUUUAAGAGGACAUGCUGGCGAGCACUUACUUUUAGGUGUCUCAAGACGUUCGAUGCACUUGCAUGGAGUUUUAUUGUUGGGUAAUCAUAGUAUCAUCACAAAAGCAACACCAGACCAAAAUGCCAGGAACUUGGACAUUUCUAAGAUUGGCGCUAGAGUAAUUGACGAACUUGUCAGUGCAAUGAAGGAGAUCCAGUUGGAUGAUGAGGAACUCGCUUGCAUAAAAGCUUUAGUUUUCUUUGAUCCUAAUGCUAAAGGAUUAACAGAGCCAGCUAGAGUCAAGGGCAUACGUCAUCAAAUCCUUAAGAAUUUGGAAGACUAUAUCAGUGAUAAGCUUUAUGACUCACGAGGAAGAUUUGGCGAGAUUUUACUUCUCUUACCUGUUUUACAGUCCAUAACAUGGCAGAUGAUUCAGCAAAUAGAAGUAGCCAAAAUGAUUGGCGUUGCGCACAUCGAUAAUUUAUUACAAGAAAUGCUACUUGGAGGUGAGACGCAAGUCGAUUCUUACAAUAGUCCUACGUCAAAUAACAAUUUAAGCGCACCAGAUGAGAAUACCUCAAUGAAUAUGAAUGGAAAUAAUGAGGUAAAUACGACGUCACACGACACGCCAUUGUCUAAUGUCAAUCUUAUUCAAACAUCAACGGCACAACCAAUACAGACAAUUAAUGACGAAUACAAGUCUGUGCCAAAGGAUACAAAUCAAAACUUCUUGCCAGAGAAUAAUUUAGAUUUAUAUCAGCCACAACAUCAACCACACAUUAGUCCAAGAGUGCAUCCAUAUGAUUUAAAUAUUGCACAUCAGCAAGUCCAUAAUCAUCAUUUGCGUUCAAAUAGUCACGGGAAUUGUAAGCUUUCACCGUAUAGUAAGAAUCAGAAUCUUUUGAUAAGCCAUCAGAAUUCAAUGUUUGAUGGAAUAGUAAGCAGCUCAAAUGGCAACGAUAUGAUGGUUCUUAAAGAGGAACCCGAAAACGGAUAUUAA